GAGGAAAUGGAACACAAUGACAGUGGGCCAGUUUUUGACCAGACCCCAACUCCUCAUGUUGAUACACUCAAAGGUACUACAAACUCUGGAUCUGAUCCACCACUUACAGAGCAAGAGUGUAUCCGUUCUCUGUGGGAUUUAAUUUGUUCCAAGGACAUUGACCAAAGCAGGGUUGUUAUUGAUUACGGUGAUUACAGUGCAAACUGUAUGGAUAUUUAUGAAUCUUUCGCGGAGGGUAAAUGUCUUGAGGAUGUCUUCAUGCAGUGUUUCAUAGAGUGUGUUCGUGAUGAUUCUAAAAAUCAUCGUCGAACUCUGACAUCUAACAGAUUAAUACUUGAUGUCAACGUUGGGGCUCUGUUAAAUUUUGAAGAACAGGAACGUCACAGCAAGAAUCCUCAGCCGUUUGAUCAAAAUGUCCUACAGAAUUGCUUGUACAACACAUUGCCUGCUUUGGUGAAUCUGGAUAAAUGCAAGUCGGUGUCAUAUCUUCUUUCAAUCAACCAGACAAUUCGCGAGACCUACGUGCUCAUGCCCUUCAUCAACUCACAUUCCAUCGCAUCAACAAGGCGUUGCCACUUCCAUUAG